AUGUCAGACUCUCACUCCGUUAACUUUCAUACUGAAUCAAGCCACCACGAGGAAAACGACAACGGGGUACCUAACAAUAACGUGCCCCCAGUUGAUCCAAAUAGAGCCUAUCCUCACUCUCAAAACAAUGUGAACACCGACCGAUCAUCGGUGCGUGACGCUCAUGCAGAUGAGGGCAACGGGGCCACAUUUCAACAACUCAGGAAUCAAUUGGAGAUGGAUAUGGCACAAUUGCAGGCCCAACAAGCGGUUAUAGCACAAUUGCAAAACCAGAAUCGAGCACCCAACGUUGUUCAGUCCGAACAGACCGAGAAAAUCGCCCCGAGGGAGGAAAGGACCAUUGCUGAGAACAACGGGAACGGACCCGGGCAAACUGCUGAACUGAUGAGAAUGCUCGAAGAACUGACAAAGUGGGUAGAGGCAAAUGAUAAGAAAGUGAAAACUUAUAAUUCGAGGGUCGAUCAAAUUCUCGGAGCACCCCCGAUAUUGAAGGGACCGGAUUCCGAGAAAUUUGUUCAGAUGCCUUUCCCCCCAAGCGCUGCACCGAAGCCGAUCUCGAAGAGAUUCCGAAUGCCUGAUAUUCCCAAAUACAACAGGACCACUGACCCGAACGAGCAUGUGACCACGUACACAUGCGCCAUUAAAGGCAACGACCUCGCAAAGGACGAGAUAGAGUCAGUACUACUCAAGAAAUUCGGGGAGACCCUAUCAAAGGGAGCAAUGGUAUGGUAUCACAAUUUACCCGAACAUUCUAUUGAUUCGUUUGCUAUGCAUGCAGAUGCCUUUGUCAAAGCUCAUGCUGGAGCCAUAAAGGUGGAAACGAGGAAAUCGAACCUGUUCAAUGUCAAAAAGCAAGAGAACGAGACCCUCCGAGAGUUUGUGGCCCGAUUUCAAAUGGAACGUAUGGAUCUACCAUCAGUCCAAGAUGAUUGGGCCGUUCAAGCAUUUACUCAGAGACUCAACCCAAGAAGCUCGAUCACAUCUCUAGAAUUGAAGCAAAAUUUGGUAGAGUACCGAGAGCAUAACAGCAGCUCUCGGUCGCAUUGGAGAGACAAGUUGGCCAAGCUUCUCCAGUCUGACCCAGAGCGAAGAGAUAAAAGCUUGAUUUGCAAGUUCCAUGGCACUCACGGGCACAGAACAGAGGAUUGUCGGCAACUAAGGGAGGAAGUCGCUCGGUUGUUUAAUUUGGGAUAUCUUCGAGAAUUCCCAAGUGCACCAGCUAAGACUCAUUUCAAAAACAAAGAUGCCAACAAGCAGGUCAAACAAGAAGAACCUGAACAUGUGCUCAACAUGGUCAUUGGGGGAGUGGACAUUCCCAGGGACCGAUAUUGA